AUGUUUCCCAGUACCUCUCUGCCUACCCACACACUCCAGUCUUUGAAGAAUGACCAGGCAACAGAGGUGAACAUCAGUGCCAACUUGGAUAUUGUGAGCAUCAUCCUCUACACGCUGACCAUUGUUCUCGGUCUCACUGGGAACUCUGUGGUGAUCUGGGUGGCUGGAUUCAGACUUAAGCCGACCGUCACCAAUGUGUGGUUGGUCAAUCUGGCGAUAGCAGACCUGAUCUUCUGCUUCACACGAAUCUUCUCUCUUGUUAAGAAGCUCUUAUUUGACUACUGGCCUUUUGGCCUGUUUCUCUGCAAGUUCGACGGCUUCUUCAAAUAUGCCAACAUGUUCUGCUCUGUCUUCCUGCUGGCUGUGAUCAGUCUGGAUCGAGUGCUCUGCAUCUGGCAGCCUAUCUUCACAAAGCGUCGACGCACCCUGUGGGCAGCGAGGGUGGUGGCUGUCCGCAUCUGGAUCAUAGCGAUCCUCUUCAGCAUUCCCUACUUCAUCCAUCGCCAAGUCUACAUAGGCAAGAAUAACCUGAGUCAGUGCUCUGUGGACACAAAAGAGAAGGCCGAGGGGUACAACAGCACCAAAGUUGUUCUCUAUUUCAUUCGCUUUCUCUGCGGCUUCAUAUUUCCCUUCAUCGUGAUUCUGGUCUGUUACAUCCUGGCUGGGGUGGGAAUCCAACAAACUCGCCUGUCAGAGAAGUCCCGCCCCCUGCGUAUUCUAGUAUGUUUAGUAAUUGCCUUCUUCCUAUGUUGGGCACCUUACCAUUGCCUCUUACUGAUGAAGAUGGUGGACAGAAAGAAUGCAGUGGUGAAAAUCUGGUACUCUGUAGCAAAGAGCAUUGCCUACUUUAACAGCUGUAUAAACCCGUUGUUGUAUUUCUGCAUGGGUCUAAAAGUAAGAGGCCGGUUCAGACAGAAUCUGAUGGGUGUUUAUAGCAGAGCUCUGGGAGAUGAUGUAGAUGAACAAGACAACUCAGUUCAAUGAUU